AUGGCCCACACUUCUGCCGCUGGUACUCCGUGGGCUGUUGCGGUGCUUGGUUGGGAGGGCCUGGACCAGAUCGACAGGAAAUCUCAACAGGCAUUAUAUCUUCUUUGGAUCUUGGACAAAAAGAAGGCCAAGGAAAUCUGGGACUACGUGCAUCAAAGAAACCAACGAGGUGGAUUCAGGAAUUUGAGUGGCUGGGUGCUCAAGAGCACCAAGCGAGAGGUGGAGAAGCAUAACUUGGCUCUUGGCUUCCACCAUGACACAGAUUACAGCAAACGUCGUGGAGGCGGCGAGACAGGCAGUAGAGAAUGCUGGGUUCCGCUCCAAUCUGGGAGAUGGAGAGGAUGGCUACUCAGAGUGGCCAUCAUUGGUCACCCGGAGCAAUCUCAGGUAGAUCACCACGAGAUGUGGCCUUCAAUGACCACUGUGUAUCAUGAGAUGCUUGUGCAUUUGAGCACCAAGGGCACAGGCAAGGGCAAGGGCAACGGCAAGAAGGGCCCCUACAAUCCAAGAGACUCUGGAUGGGUUCAAAGCACCCAGCGAUCAACGCUGGCCUUACAUGAUCUUGUUUGUGAUGUGUUUGAUUCAACUCAUUUCUUGUGCUUCAUGUGCUUGUUGUGUAGUCUGAGUGUGGUCGAUAGUCCACCAAUCCAAUGGUUGCUGCACUUCUAG